GAUGGUUUUCAACAGCAUAUUGCAUACUCCUAUGACAAGGAUGCAGUUUGCUGAACUGUGCAUGGCCAUCUUGAAGGUUGUGAGUCUUAGCUCCAUUACAGUGAUUCUGCCUGCGUACAUCUGUGUGGUGAAGGAUGCUGAAUCUUCUGCCAGCAGAUCCUCAACACCCACUACCUUCUCAGUCAUUGCCUCAACUGAAAGGGCUCCAUCGUCAGUGCCAUCUCCCGAGUCACUGGUGACUGAUGGAGAUACAUUCACUACAAUCACUACAAUCCUGGAAAGCAUCUUAUCCAGUGGGAAUGUUCACAACAUCGCCAAAAACCUCGUUAGUCAGGUUCAGGGUGUUCUCCAGGACAGCAGCCCAACUUCCAUUCCUGUGGCUGCCAGCAAAAGCGUUUCGGAUUCUGAGAUUUUGCAGAAGAGAGUUCCACAGCGGACAGUAAGUGCCUCUCAGCUGGUUUACUCCUAUGCUGAGGAGGCAAUCAAGAAUUUGCUUCAGCCAUAUUUUCUUCCUCUUGUGGCAUGGAAUGCCAGGGAAGAUGCUGCCUCGGCCAGAGUUCCCCUUCCCAGGAUCCCAAGCCCUGUGCCCUCUCUGCUGGGAUUGGAUAAAGCUGAAGGCACCUGUCUGAUAACUAGAUUGAUUCAAAGAUUGCCUGCUUACAUUCAUUUUCGGGAACCAGUGGAUUCUUCUGCAACUAGUGAGCAAGACGUAAUAUCCCCAUCACGCAAAUUUAGUGAUGUGGCCAAUCUGUUCACCCGAGUGAUGACCUUCCAGGUUAUGGAUAUGGUUGAUUCAGAGCUGGAUAGACAUCAAAGAUCUUCUGAUGUAUCCAGGAUGUUGUCGACAGCUGAAGAUAAUAUUAGUGCUGGUCACUACGAUGAUCUGUUCUCUGGAUUGAUCCAGAGGUUCAUUGCAGAAUUCAGUUAUUCUGACUCUAUUUUCUCGGAUGAAGUGGAUGACGUCAGCGACACAGCAUUUUCUACCAGGAGCCAAAGCACCCGAUCUGGCACUGCCUCACAAAAACUUGAAAACAUGUUAGGUCUGUUCACCAGGGUGAUGAUUAGCCAAGUAAUGGAUGUCCUCCGCAUUGAAUCAGGAGUCGAACUGGACAGAGAUAUGAUAAGAACACGAAGUCCCUCCUCUGUAGGCUCUGUGCUCGGUACAGACAGCAGCGACUAUGGCUGUUUUGUCACUGUUCUGAUGCUAAGGCUGUUAGCCAAAAUCAAGGAUCAACCAAAUGCCUCUGCUGAUAUGAUGUAUUCCUCCCGAGAGUUGAUUGAGAAAGUCCUGUCCGAGUUCAGUAGUGCCUCAGGAACUCCAAACUUCCAGACUUAUCCAAGCACCUUAAAGAUUCAGGCAACAUCCAGAACCAUGGACAAGUUCCUUCUGAAGGAAUUUGGACCCGAAACUGUCCUGCAGAGAGCUGUGGAGACACAGGAUGUCUCUUUUGAUAGAACCUUGCUGACGGCCUUGAGAAAGGAACUGCUGCAGCAGUGUGAUACAGAAGCUACUGCUGCCCCAUCAGCCCAAGCUGCUCCACCCUCCCCUCAGCCAGUGCCUGUUGCAGAUGAGGGGCGAACCAGCAGGACUAAACUGAAGAUGCCCAAAAAGAGGUUCAACAUAAAGGUAACUCAUUUCAUCAACUGA